GACGAAACCGAUGACGUACAGGGGCUGAGAUUAAGUGACUGAUAGAUGGCAGGCGGAAUCGCAAGUGUUCUCUUCCGAGGAUUUUUUAUGAAACUCACCGUGGAUGCGGUUUAAAGAGCAACCUUCACUAAGAUGCGAUUCAUCUCUGAGCCAUAGCACUGUGAGAACCGGACCAGGGUUGUAUUAAACACUACAGGUCAGCAUGGCAGCAGGUGUAGCGGCAUGGCUCCCGUUCGCCCGAGCGGCGGCCAUAGGAUGGAUGCCCGUGGCGAGCACCCCGAUGCCCAUCCCUCCCCAAGAGAAGAAGAAAGCCCAGGACGGACUCAUCAUCCUUAACGUAAGCGGGACCAAGUUUCAGACGUGGCGGACCACUUUGGAGAGGUAUCCGGACACUUUGCUGGGGAGCACGGAGAGAGACUUUUUCUUCCACGAGGAGACUAAUGAGUACUUUUUUGAUCGUGACCCUGACAUCUUUAGACAUAUCCUGAAUUUUUACCGCACGGGGAAACUACACUACCCGCGCCAAGAAUGCAUAUCUGCUUACGACGAGGAGCUGGCUUUCUUCGGGAUAAUCCCUGAGAUCAUUGGGGACUGCUGUUAUGAGGAGUACAAGGACCGGAGGCGCGAGAAUGCAGAGAGGCUUCAAGACGACGAGGAAAUGGACAUGAACAAUGACGUAACGCCGGUGAACCUUACGCACCGGGAGUUUCUGUGGCGGGCGUUUGAAAACCCUCACACCAGCACCGUAGCUCUAGUCUUCUAUUAUGUCACAGGCUUCUUCAUUGCCAUAUCAGUGAUGGCCAACGUGGUGGAGACGGUCCCCUGCGGGUCGAUGCCCAACAGGUCGAAGGAAAUUUCCUGUGGAGACCGUUACGCGCUCGCUUUCUUUUGUUUGGACACUGCAUGUGUCAUGAUAUUCACCUUCGAGUAUCUCCUGCGUUUGAUCGCAGCUCCAAGCCGCUACAAGUUCAUGAAAAGUGUGAUGAGCGUCAUUGACGUGGUCGCCAUCAUGCCUUACUACAUCGGCCUGGUCAUGACCGACAAUGACCAGGUGAGCGGUGCUUUCGUCACGCUCAGAGUCUUUCGGGUCUUUCGGAUUUUCAAGUUCUCCCGGCACUCCGCAGGGCUGCGCAUCCUGGGCUACACCUUGAAGAGCUGCGCCUCCGAGCUGGGCUUCCUCCUCUUCUCCCUCACCAUGGCCAUCAUUAUCUUUGCCACGGUCAUGUUUUAUGCAGAAAAAGGCUCAACAGCCAGCAAGUUCACCAGUAUCCCUGCUGCGUUUUGGUACACCAUUGUCACCAUGACAACACUGGGGUACGGUGACAUGGUGCCAAAAACAAUCGUGGGGAAGGUGUUUGGGUCCAUAUGCUCUCUGAGUGGGGUGCUGGUCAUUGCCUUGCCUGUCCCUGUCAUAGUGUCAAACUUCAGCCGAAUCUACCACCAAAGCCAGCGGGCAGAGAAACGACGAGCCCAGAGGGCCUCCAAGGAGGCAGGACAAGCCCUGGUGGGGAAGAGCCCCAGUCCACCUUUUGAGAGCCAACAUCAUCACCUGCUGCACUGCCUGGAGAAGACCACGAACCACGAGUUUGUGGACGAGCAGACGUUCCAGGCCAACUGCAUGGAGAUCUCUGUGAUGAACAAGUCAGGCUCGCGCACGUCCUCACUGUCCUCGUCGCCGCACGGCAUCAGCUCGUGCUGCUCUCGACGCCACAGGAAGAAGAGCAGCUUCAGUCUGCCCAGCACCAACAACCAGGAGCUCAGCACCAUCCAGAUCAGAGAGAGGCCCAUGGCCAACAGCCGCGCCAACCUGAACGCCAAACUGGACGAGACCAUGCCCUUAAAAAUCGACGAAGCUUACAUCACCCCCUCCAUGGUCAGCCUCUCCGCCCCCGUGGUUACCUCUUCAGAUGGGCACGGCUCCACCACCACCACCGCAUACUCUCAGAGCAACAUUGUCCGAGUAUCUGCCUUGUAGAUGUCACGCCUAUCCGAUCAGCUAACUGGUCUCAAGAAAAAGCACCAGCUGCUGAGGAGAGGGACCACCGAGCAUCAACCUGCCAUAAUCUAGAGGGAUUAUAAGAUUAGCAGAAGUCGGGGGUUUUUUGAAGUAGUGAUCUCAUCUGAUGUCAAACUCUGCAUGGUAUUACAGUGAUGAGGACGGCUGCCUUGGAAAUAAAGAGCAAAACCAGCAGAUCCUGCUCCUUCAAAGCACAGCAGAGAGAGGAAGUGUUGGGAUUGUGUUGGUUAUCGUUGUUGCCUAAAAAUACUGAGACAAAAAACUUUAUUUUUGAAUAUGUAAUGUAGUCGUAUUUGUUGUCUUCUGAUUCCAUGGAGGAGAGGCAGAUGUUACAAAGCUCAUUCCUGAUGACCUCUGAUGACAAAGCACACAUAUUCAUUAACAGAGGGCCGUCUUUGUGAAUAUUAAACCAGUCAAAUGACACAUUUCAAACA